UUUAUUCGGUUGCGUUCUAUCUUGUAUAUAAUGUUAUCGAAGAAAUAACGAGCCAUUUUCAGAAAAAGAGAGAAAGAAAGAGAAAGAGGAAUUAACGCUUUAAUAAUUGUCCUUCAUCGAGAGAGAACUUAAAAAAAUAUACAGAGAACUGUGCAACAGUUAAAAAAAUUGUGGACAAAUCUAAAGCAGUCCCAAAGAGAUGCCUUAACCAAAGAAAGACAAUCACGUCUAGCAACUGGUGGGGGACCACAGGAAGAAGAUGCAAAUAUUGAUCCCAAUAUUCUUAAUAUAGUUCCACAUCUUAUGACAACUGCACCGGUGGUAUUCACAUCAAAUAUGACAGAAACAGAAAUUGAAGGAAAGCACGAGCUUGCAUUUAACAUAUUGUCUACUAAUAAUAAUUUAAAAAUAUUUGAUACAAACAAGGAAUAUUUCACAAGUGAUGAGAACGAUAUAAGAAUUGUUGAUUCACAAGAUAAAGAUAACUUUGCAUUGAAUGCAAUAUGUAUUAAUAUAAAUGAAAAUAAAUUAGAUAAUAUAAACGGAGAACAUUCUACAAAUGAUGAAAGUAAUGUCAAGAUUGUUGAUUCACAAGAGAUACUUCCUUUGAAAAAUUGCAAUAAAGAGUCAAUACAUUCUAGUAUAGAUAUACAAAGGAAAAAAAGGAAGUGUAUAAAUCAAGAAUUAAUAAACUCACCAGAUGAAGAAGAAAAUUGCAACGUAUAAAACAAGUGAUGGACCAAGAGCAACAGUUAGCGAUUUUUAAGUUGAGAUAUGAGGAAAGCAUAACCAAAAUAAAAGUAAACCAUUUAAAACAGUUACAUGAAAUAGAAAUACAACAUAAAAAUAAGAUAAAUAAUCUGGAAAUAGAAAUUAGUAAAACUAAACUUACGAUUUUGGAAAACCAAUAUUUAAACAAAGAAAAUAUUAAUUUGAGAUCGUAAAAUAUUAAUUUAAGAGCGUUUGUUAACAAAUUAAUUACGUAAUGUUGCAACUGGAUUAUUAGCAUUAUGUAAACUGUAAACCAAAGACUUGUAUGCUAUUGUUAGUUUUGAAGUUCCAUGUUUCUAAAAAAUGUAAAUAUUUACUAAUGAAUAUGGCAUACCUCGUGA